GGAACUCUUCCCCUAGCGUUUCAAUCAUUCCCUUUCUUCCGUUGUUCUUCUCGUUCUAGCCCUACGCCUUGAUUUAAUUCGGCGUCAGUUGGUAUCAGAGCUCAGUUCGACGAAUAAAGGAAGAACAUCCUUCAACAUCAAUGGUGCGUGCACGAGGUCGUGGCCGUGGGCCACCUAUGGGUAACGAACCCCCCCGACGAGAGCAGCACCUUGACAACGUGGAGGUGAUAACAGAUUUACAGCGGCAGAACAAGGUUAUGCGGCAGCAGAUCGUGGAACUCACACGACGCCUAGCGGCCGAUGAUUUCAUUGACUGGCUGAACGAGGUGGAUCGGAUCUUUGAGUAUAAGGACGUUCCUGAUCGUGACAAAGUGAAGCUCGUGGCGAUCAAACUCCAUGGACGAGCCUCUGCAUGGUGGGAACAAAUGCGGCGAUCUCAUGAGAAGAAGGGCAAGCCAAAGAUCAAUGAUUGGGAGAAGAUGAAGGGUAAGAUGAGGGCACACUUUCUUCCCUUCGGAUACACACAAACCCUAUUUCAACGACUCCAUACGUUGAGGCAGGGAACGAGGUCCGUUGAUGAUUACACCGAAGAAUUCUACCAGUUGAUUGCCCGCAACGAUCUGCCUGAAUCGAGGAGCAGCUUGUGGCCCGAUAUAUGGCGGGCUUGUGUCAGUCGUUGCAGGAUGUUCUCAACCUCCAUUCAUUAUGGAUUGUUUCUGAGGCAUACAAAUGGGCCGUUGCAGUUGAGAAGCAGUAGAAUAGGAAGCCGGGCGAAUGAAUGCAAGAAACCCGCUCUACAGAAGAGCAAGAGCAUGUUCGUGGAGGAGAACAUCGUUGUUGACGAUGAUGAGGUUGAAGAGUUUGGAGGUCCAGUCUAUGAUGAUUAUGCAGAAGAUGAUGUUCUUUACGGGGAUGGUCGAGAGAAUUUGGUUGUGCACAAGAGUCUUCUGGCCCCAAAGGAUGAUUCUAAAGACGGUGAUGAAGACAGUAACUUACCUGUGGAGGUGCAGCAACUUCUAGAUGAGUUCUCACACUUGAUGCCUGAUGAGCUACCUCCUGGUAGUGUCAACCGCAUCGCUGAUGCCUUGAGUCGACACAAUAAUCUUCUCUCCACCAUGAGCAGUAGAGUGACGGGAUUUGAAGUGUUUGCGGACAUGUACGAAGCUGAUCCUUCAUUCGGGACGAUCUUCUUGGAGAUUGUCUUAGGUCAGAACCCAUCAGGGGUGCUGGACUUGGCCCCAAUUCCACGAGUGGGUCGCAAUCAUCCUAGAGCCGAAGAGAUGAUAGAGAACCUGAGGAGCAUACAUGAUCAGGAAGAUGUUGUGAACUCGAGGGCGAGUUCUUUCCAACCCGGGGAGACUGAUGCAGGAGAGGAUCCAAACUGACGUGAACUCCUUGUUAAGGCCUUCACUUUUCAAUUUUUGUGUCUUUGGGCCUUCGGCCUAUCUUUUAGUUAGCCCAUUUAUUUUUAUUCUUAGGCCCGUUUUGUCUUCGAUCUUUUAGGGUUUCAUUCCCUUCGUUUUUCAGCUAUUUAUAGCCUGGCUUGUGGGCAUAUU